ACAAAAAUAAAUAUCCUACUAAAAUUUGAUGAAUUCGGAGCUCCAUUUAUAGAUUAAAAUAGUAGAAAUGGAAGAUAACGACAAAAACUCAAAUCCUUAAAAAAAAUCAGUGUGGUGGAGGUGGUUGCCUCCGAAUUCCCUCCGAGAAAUGGCGGCAUCUUACCCACCAUAAAUAAUCAACGAUCACAUCCAAUGGUAUAUCUGUAGCCGUUUUUUAAGAAAAAAGUUUAGAAGCUGGUAUGAAAAGGGCAUUCAGAAGAAGGGGAAGAAGAAGACUAAGACGAAUUUCAGGAAGUCAGCAUAAAAAGUUCUAACCACAAAACAUUCUCCCUAUUCUCUGGAUUCCGUUUGAUUUGGACAACAGGUGAGGGAAGCAAAAAUCAAACCUACCAAGUGGCAGUGGGCUGAUAGCUAAUACUAAGGAUACUUGGAAGGUAAAAUCCGAUUCAUCGACUGGCGCAACUUUGAUUGUAUUGCUGAAGGGAACGAAAAAUCUUACCUCAAAUGUUGAUCACAAAAGCUCAAAGUUAAAUAUCUGAGAUUUGUUCCUGAAAUGGUUUCUUCUCCUGUACUAAAGGUUAAUGCUGAUCUCACAUGCACCAAAGCCAUAGUUGAAAAGUUGGUCGAAGACUUGUCGAGCCAUACACUUGAAACUCUAAGGACUACUACUGCUGAACUGCGGUUGCUUACCAAGCUUAAUGCGAAAAAUCGGAGGGUGAUUUCGGACUGUGGGGCAAUUAACCUUUUAGUCAAUUUGCUAAACUCUACUGACACACAAGUUCAAGAGAAUGCUGUUACAGCACUUGUGAACUUGUCAAUUGACAAUAAUUGCAAAAUUAUCAUUGCUCAGGCCAAUGCAAUUGAAGCUUUGAUUCACGUCCUUCAAACUGGUAGCCCAGAGGCAAAGGAAAACUCAGCUGCUACUCUUGGUAGUCUUUCAGUAUGCGAGGAUAACCAGGUUAACAUUGGGAGGUCUGGGGCAAUAGGGCCUCUGGUUGACUUGUUGAGGGAUGGCACACCUCGAGGAAAGAAAGAUGCUGCCACUGCUCUGUUUAAUUUGUCAUUGCUUUCCGAAAACAAGGCUAAAAUUGUGGAGGCUGGAUCUAUCAAGCAUCUUGUGAAGUUGAUGGAUCCAGCUGCUGGAAUGGUUGAGAAGGCAGUGGUUGUUCUGGCAAAUGUUGCAUCAAUAGAUGAAGGGAGGAUUGAAAUUGUACGCGAGGGUGGUAUUCCUUUGUUGGUUGACGCUGUUGAGUUAGGUUCUGCCAGGGCAAAAGAGUAUGCAGCUGCUGCAUUAUUGUGGCUUUGUGCAAUCUCCAGUAGGUUCUGCAUCAUGGCAAUCCGAGAGGGAGCUGUCCCACCAUUAGUGGCUUUGUCACAAUCAGGCACAGCAAGGGCCAAGGAAAAGGCUCGGGCACUACUUGGCUGCUUCAGUAGAAAUAAGCCCGUAUGACAAUGCUAAAAGUCUGGAAGUGACUAAUUCUUAAACAAGGUUUGGCUGUUUCCAUUGCGUUCAUGGUGUACGAUAGGAUUGCUGUUAGGAUAGAAAUGGAAACAUUAAUGUGUAUUAAGAGAAUAUUAGUAUUUAGCUAAGGAGUUGUUAGUGGAGAUUGGUUAUAAAUAGAAUGAGUCAUGAAGGGGCAAUUGUUUAGUGUUUAGGCUUAAGUGAUACCUCGAGACAACAGAGGUUAAUUACUCAGGUUAUCUUGCAGUUCUUCUAUCUUUUAUAUUUCAGCAUAUUCGGGUUUUAUCAAUGUAUUUACGUUCAGAUGUUGCGUACAUAUGGGUUAUUUCUCUGUAAUUACUGGUGCAAAAAGAAAAGAAAAACGAGGGUAUAAUAAAGGAAGGAUAGUUUUUAUUGUUUCAUGUUAAAAAAUUGGUAUUCCAAUGUACAAGACGAAGGAUUUGUU